CGCCGCCACCACGCCCACACCAGCACUGACUCAACGCGAGAAUAGCUGUUUUCUUUUCGACGGUUUUCCACAUAAUAAUUGAAUUAAAAAUCGUCGAAAAACCCCCAGCUGUGAUAGCAACAAGUAUCCCCAGCAAGCGAAGUGAACGAAGAAGCAAUAAUUCCCCACACACAGUCGCGGGCGCACAGGAACACACCUACACAGGCACACACAAAGUCGUAGUUGCGACAACUACAAAAAAAAAAAAAACGUUUGGAAAAGCCCCAAAACCAAGACUUUUCCCCUCAUAUUUAAGAGCAUUAAACCCCAGAAAAAUGCCAACCAAGGAGCGCAACAUAGCCAUGAUGGGCUACAGAUCAGUGGGCAAAUCAUCGCUGUGCAUACAGUUCGUGGAAGGCCAGUUCGUGGACUCCUACGAUCCCACCAUCGAGAAUACAUUCACAAAGGUCGAGCGCGUCAAAUCCCAGGACUACAUCGUGAAGCUCAUCGACACGGCCGGCCAGGACGAGUACAGCAUAUUCCCGGUGCAAUACAGCAUGGACUACCACGGCUACGUCCUGGUGUACUCGAUAACCAGCAAAAAAUCGUUUGAGGUGAUCCAGAUUAUCUACGAGAAGCUGCUGGAUGUGAUGGGCAAAAAAUAUGUACCUGUGGUGUUGGUGGGAAACAAGACCGAUCUGCACCAGGAACGAACCGUUUCCACGGAGGAGGGCAAGAAGCUGGCCGAGUCCUGGCGAGCAGCAUUUCUCGAAACGUCCGCCAAACAAAACGAGUCUGUGGGAGAUAUAUUCCAUCAGCUACUGAUCCUGAUCGAAAACGAGAACGGCAAUCCCCAGGAGAAGAGCAGUUGUCUUGUAUCGUAGGGCGCCCGGCUAGCUGGAACUACGGCCGAACUGUUGAGAAUACGGCGAAUCGCUAUGGCAAUACGAAAAUCGAUUAUCUCUUAUCUACACAGUUGGGCCAGCGUGCACUGGCGGGGGCGGGCCUUGCCCCUUGUGCGCAGCAGGAAAAUCUAAAAACCUAAUAGCUUUAAGUCCACACAGCAAGUAACCAACAUCAAGCGAUUUAGAUGCGUCCGCUAACGCUGCCCAGCAGCUUUUGUGGUUCGCGUUUAGCGCAACACAACAGGUUUAAGUUAGAACACUUUUUUCACAACAACAAUUAAGUUACAAAGUUCAUAUACAAAUUCUACCAACAUUUUGUUUUUUAGUUUCAAUUUAAAUAUAAUUUUUCCAAGUA